AAGAAAGGAAAGGUCGCUGCGAAAAACAUAAAUUUAUUUACUGGAUUAGCUGUAUUUGAAUACAAUACAUUCAAAAUAUUUGUAUAAAAAUGACUGAAGUAAAGGCACUUUUUAUUUUAUCUGAGCAAAUAAAAUCCUUCAAGAGAAUUCAGGAUCCUCCGGGAAACCUCGAUGCCGUGGAAUCCUACAGAAGCAGUGUUAGAAAGGUUUUAGAUGGAGCCAAGACCGAAGUUUCAAAAGUAAACUCAUACAUUGAACAAGUAGAGAAGAAGAUUGAGGAGUUGAAAAAUGCCCAGAUGGCCAUAAUUAAGAAAAAUCAAGAUGCCAUUAAAAAAAUAUUUGCAAUGUUUGUAUUUGGGAAAAGGGGGACAAUUGAUGCAACAGAAUUGGCUAUUGCAAAGCUUCAGAUGGCACAUAAACUCCAGGAAGUAUCAAAGGAAAUAAUAAACGACCGUAUCAAUGAACUCAUGAAAGAAACUGAAAUUGUCUGCGCAAAAGUAAAAGAUGGUGUAUGCGUCUGUUACGCUGACAUAGAGGAACUCAAUGGAUGCAUGCAAAGCUGGAGAGAUGCAAAAAGACAGAGCUUUGAAGAGGAGAAGAAAAAAACGGUAGAAUAACAGAAACGGAGAGAAGCGGAGGAUAACGAGAAACGAGAAAGAGAAAAGAGGGAAAGGAGAGAAAGAGAGGAAAAGAAACGGAAGGAAGAUGAAGAACGGAAAAGGAGAGAAAAUGAAGAAGCUGAACGAAAGGCAGAGGAGGAACGAAGACGAAAAGAAGAAGAAGAAAGACUAAAAAUGGAGGAAGAACUACGCCGAAAGCAAGAUGAAGAAGAACGUUUAAAGCGAGAAGAGGAAGAGAAGAGAAAACGAUUAGAAGAAGACAGAAAACGCCAUGAAGAAGAAGCCGCUAGAAAAAGAGAAGAAGAAAGACAACGCUUGGAGGAAGAACUGCGCCGAAAGCGAGGGGAAGACGAACGUUUAAAGCGAGAAGAGGAAGAGAAGAGAAAACGAUUAGAAGAAGAAAGAAAACGCCGUGAGGAAGAAGAAGCUAGAAGGAGAGAAGAAGAAAGACAACGUUUGGAGGAAGAGAGGCGAGAAAGAGAACGGUUACUUAAAGAAGCUGAAGAGAAAGCUUGGAGACAGGACCCUACCAACUGGAAUCCUGUAACGUAAGUUUUGUCCAUUUAGCCUGAAGGAAAUCCGAAAUGUAUUUAACUGAGUUGUGUCUUUCAAAGGUAAUAAAAAUGUUGUAGGCAUUUUGUGGUAUUUUGUGUGAUAUAUCCAAGUACAGAAUUAGAUCCAGAAGAAUUCAUUUUAGAAUUACGUUGAGCUUGAAUUAAUCAUUUAUAUUUUGCCAAAUGCAACGCACUAAGUUAUAUUUACAUUUGUCAAACCUUACUUUUUC